AUGCUCACGCGCUUGCGUCGCCAGGGACAAAACCCAUCGCGCGAUAAUCCACACUUCUGGGAAGAGCUGCUCCUGUUGAAGGUGAACGCCGUCUUCCUCGAGACCUGCGUGAAGGACACCACAGAAGAUCAGCUGCUCGUGCUCAAGGCCAAUGUCUCCCUCAUAUUCGAGAACUGUGUGCGCAUGCUGCACGAUGGCACGAAGAUCAGAGUCCUCCAUGCUCUUCAGACGCUUCAAAUCCUGCUUCGCGGCCUCUUCGAGAAAAAGUUCACAAACUUCGGGUUCGACAUCAUCAACCUGCUGACCGGUGUGGACAAGGCCGACGAGAUCUUUGGGGACUUGAUCCAGACCGUGUGCGAGCUGAUGGCCGAGGAGAACACACACCAGGCGCUGCGCACGCUGGCGCUCAAUCUGCUGCUGUCGAUCGCCACCGCAGCCACCAACAUCCACCAGAACACGCUCAUCGAGUACUUCAUGAUCAACUACGAGACCGUGUUCGACUCCCUGGUCCAGCUCCUCGUCAGUGAGCGCAUGGGCUACUACUCCUUCAACGCCGUCUUCCUUCUCGUCACCCUCGUCAACUACCGAAAGUAUGAAUCAAAGAAUCCCUACAUGCGAUUACUCGGUGAGCUGAAAGACAAGAAGGCAUUCGAGGCGUUCGACGACGUCAUUGCGUCGGUAUGCGAGGAAUGCAACGCGCACUACGCCUCGGCGAUGGGCGUACGAGCACCCGGCUGGCUGGGCUACAUCGCCGACUUCCUCGCCACCAAGCCCGCCAACGGCGCCUACAGCGGCAGUCCCAACUCCACAGGCGCCGUGCUGCUGGCCUUCUACGAGCUCGUCUACCUCAACCGACAGGCCUUUGUGGGCAGCCUGCUCGCCAAUGCCGCAAAGGGAGAAAAGAAAGAUACGCCAGCGAUUGCGACGGCGGCGGGCGCGAAGCCUCCGGCCGAGGACGUCCCCUCGCUUCCUCUCACGCUGAAGCAGUUCAUCAUCUUCUGUUCCUACAUAUUCCAAGACAUGAAGGACUUGCGAUCGAUGUACUACGCGAAACUGUCGCUGAUCACGCUCUGCUGUCUCUUUGAGGACGACACGGUGAACGAGAUGUUCCACAGCGAUCAGCUCCUGUGCGUCAUCCCCUACUAUCAGCAGAAGAAGGCCACGCCAGAGUCGCUCAAGGAGCGACCGGUGCUGGCCACCAUUUUGGACGUGCUCCUGCUCUUCAUGCGCCAAAACCUCAAGAAGAAGCUGCCCAGCGAUCUGUACUGUAAAUGUUUGGAAACGAUCCGACGGAUCCUGUGCUACGAGAAGAAGAAAGAGUUGCGGUUCAACUACCGGUGGAAGGAGCUGUGGGCCACCAUGUUCCAGCUCAUGCGGUUCAUCUCCACGCCCGAGUACUUCGAAAAGCCCGAAACGCUCGUCCUGGCAGCUGAGAUCACGACUGUAUUUAAUUUGUUCAUCACCUACGGAGACCUCUUCCUGCCCCAACCCUCGGACUACGACGACCUCUACUACGAACUCAUUCGAGACGCCAAGGCCAUCGAAACCUUCUACUACUACGUGGAUCGGUACGACCGCGCGGGCACGGCGCAGAAUCUGGAGAACAUGAACACUAUCAUUCGCCACUUCACCUCCAAAAUCGAUCAGUGGGAGGCCGCCAACGCUCAGAACUUCAUCUCGACACCCGCUCAGGUGAUGGAAUUGAUCCGUACCAACUACGAGACCCUGAAGCUCACCCUGCAAGACGACCUUGAUUCCUACGACGCCUACCUCGAGAACCCGCGCGAGGUGCCGUUCUUCCGUCAGUUGAUCAGGACGAUCGUGGCGGACUACAGGAACGUGGUCGACCUCUCCUUCACGCCACCACCACCCGAGGAGAUCCUGUCGGUCGGCUCCAACGGUGGCGGCGGCGCGACGACGCCCAAGCAGGACAAGGGCAAGGAGAGACUCAAGUGA